AUGACAAAUCGCGAAAUUACUCUUUUUUUUUUCCACGCCACUCAAAGCACGGAAUUAACCUCGAAAAAUGUCUUCGCAUAAAGAAAACGGUACCGUGCCUCUUAUCGUGAUAACCGAUCAGUCUGAAAACGGCCCGGGCAGCACUUCUUCGCUACGAAGUGCCUAUCAUCUGCAAAUCCCCACCAAAGAGACCCUGCUAUCCUCACGGAUCAACCUUUACGUCGAAGAGGCUAAACCCCGGAUCCCGGAUGGAGGUUGGGGCUGGCUAGUGGUGUUCGGCAGCCUCUUUAUCAACCUGGUGUCCGACGGGGUGGGCAGCACCUUCGGGAUACUCAACAUUCAAUUCCUGCAGGAGUUCGAAGCUUCCAACUCGGCCACUUCGUUUAUUGGCAGUUUAUUCUUGUCCGUACCAUUAUUGGCCGGACCAUUUGGGAGCGCUAUGGUGGACAGAUAUGGAUGUAAAUACAUGACGAUUGUGGGUAGCUUAGUUUGCACCGUCGGGUUCUUCCUCAGUGCGUUCGUUAAGAACAUUUGGGUGAUGUAUCUGACUUUCGGGUUUAUCGGGGGAAUCGGGUUUUGUUUGUGUUAUGUGACCGCCGUGGUGUCCAUCGCAUUUUGGUUCGAAAAAAGGCGGACGUUGGCGUUAAGUAUUGCCGCUAGUGGUACUGGCUUUGGUACCGUUUUGUACUCACCUUUAGUGACUUAUUUGAGUAACGAGUACGGGUGGAGGGGGAAUAUGUUGAUUAUGGCCGGACUGUGUUUGAAUAUGUGUAUCAGUGGGAUGUUGAUGAAGGAUCCUCAGUGGAUCAAAGAGGAACAAAGGAAAACCAGAGAAAAAGACCAAGAUCCACGACAAAUCGUAUCCAAAAAAAAAUUCGAGAUAGAGGACAUGGAAACAUCCGUAAUGCCACCGAAAGACAAGAAAUUCAGCAGUUCACUCAUGGAAUUCCCCACUUUUCUGCACGAACACGAAAAAGUCCCCCUGGAAGUGCUGAAGAAACUAAGCGACAAUAAGCGACUUUACAAGAUAAUUCUGGAAAACUACCCGAACAUUUUGUCGUGCAAAAGUGCCUCAGAAACCAUUUAUUUCUCAGACAAGAGUUUACAUGACCUCGAUGUAGGGAACAUCAGGGCACCUGUAAAAGUUUGUAUGAGAUUAAAGGCGGACGUUGACGGCGAUGAAGACGAAAAUCAACAGGAAACCAGAAAAACCCCAUUAAACCGAAGCGAUUCGACAAGAUCACGGCGCAGCUCCGGACCUCACCAUAAUUACUUGCAAAACAUCCGAUUUAGGAAGAACUCCAUGGGUUAUAGGGGAGCCAUGUUAAAUUUACACAAAUACAAACUACGCACCUCCAGUUGUCCCAAUUUCUUCCAGAAUGACGAACUUUUGAUUGGGGAAGACCAGGAAGAGGAGUGGUACGAUGAAUACGUGGAAGUCCUGAGGGACAUCACCAACCUCUCACUCUUCAAUGAACUGCACUUUUUCCUGUUGUGCUUGGCUACAGUGAUUAUGUGCAUUUGGUUCGUGGUGCCUUACUUUUACUUACCGAUUCACAUGACCUCCUCUGGAUACUCCGAGGAGCAAGCCUGCCUCGUUUUAUCCCUUAUAGGGUUCACCAAUAUUAUCGGAAUGAUCUCUUUUGGACUUCUCGGUGAUAAAGUGCAGGUGGUGAUAAUCGUGAAACUAUUCGCCAUAUGCACGAUUAUAUGUGGAACGAGUUGUGUGGCAAUGAUGUUCUUCACAAACAAUUACGCUUUGCUGUUGUUGUUUUGUGGAAUAUUCGGGGUGACGUUUGCCAGUGUGGUUGUACUAACGCCCCCGAUAUUGGCGGAUUUAGUACCGCUCGAGAAUUUCACGAUGGCUUACGGGUUGUUCUUGUUGUGUCAAGGGAUUGGCAAUUUGGCUGGGCCACCUAUAGCCGGUUUGUGUUAUGACCUUACACAAUCCUAUCAGCAAUCGUUUUAUUUGGCCGGGUUUUUUGUGAUUUUAUCGGGAUUUUUGGUUGGAAUAAUUCCGUAUGUUGAAAAUAGGACUUUCUUUGGUAAUGCGCCUGUCAUAAACGGAAAGUAUGAGUUAUAGGAGUUCUAUUUAUUGGAAUUUUUAUGUGGAAUAUUUCGUUGUUUGUAGCUUAUAAUAAAUUAAGUUUUUUUAUAUUG